AUGGGCAUUGAUUCCGAUGAGCCACCUUCAGGAAAUGUGAUUGACCCAAUGAGAGUCGAGGAUAUAUUCAGCAUAGAGGAUCUCUCGUCUAUAUCCGUGUCUUCAGUUUCAGCGAAUUCAGAUCUCCUCAAAGACGCAAGUGAUUCUAUUCAUAUUGCUUCUAUAAAUAGUGCCUUUGAUUAUAGUGCUUUCACUAAUAGUGUUUUUGAAUACAGUAUUUCUGCUUAUGUUGCUUCUACUUAUGUUGCUUCUGCUGAAAGUGCUUCUACUUAUGAAUCUUCUGCUAAUAGUGCUUCCAAUCAUAUUGUUUCUACUUAUAUUAUUUCUACUCAUAGUGCUUCUACUUAUAUUGCUUGUACUGAGAGUGACUCUACCAGUAGUGCCUUUAAUCAUAAUGCGUUUAAUGACAGUGCUUUUGAUUGCAUUGCUUUUGAUUAUGGUACUUUUGAUGAUGGUGCUUUUAAAUAUAGUGCUCUUGGUGAUGGUGAUUUUGGUUAUGGUGCUUUUGAAUAUAGUGCGUUUGAGUAUAGUGCUUUUAGAAACAGUGAUUCUACUCAUAGUGUUUCUAGGAGUAGUGUUUUUAAUAAUAGCGCUUUUAAUAAUAGUGCGUUUACUGAUGGUGCUUCUUCUAAUACUGCUUUCAAUUACGUGCUUCUAAUCAUAUGGCUUCCAAUCAUUGCUUCCAAUCAGAGUGCUUCUACUUAUAUCUCUACUACUAAUAGUGCUUUCAAUCACAUUGCAUCUACUAAGAGUGCUUCUUUUCAUAGUGCUUAUACUUUUAUUGAUUCUGCUUAUAUUACUUCUACUCAUAGUGCCUCUACUCAUAUCCUUUGUACUAAAAGUGCCUUUGUUUUUAGCGCUUCCAAUAAUAGCGCUUCUACUCAUGGUGCUUCUGCUUGUAUUGCUUCUAUGGAUAUUGCUUCUAUGGAUAUUGCUUCUACUUAUAUUGCUUCUUCUCAUGGCGCUUCUAUCUCAAUGUUCUUCUCAUAUUGCCAAUAGAGUGAGCGUGUAGCGUCUGACUCCAAUAUACUUGAUAAGCAUGCCUCAAAGAGUGCCGAAGGGACGUCCAGUGGAGAUUGCUCACUACUAGCAGAUGUG